CUGAGGACGGAUUGGAACUAGCUCAGUGGCUGUCGGAUCCGAUCAAAGGUGGGUAGUCCUCAGCUCAAAUGGAUUGGGCACUGGUAAAGGAAUGAGAUGUCAGAAGUCAGGCUAACGUGACUGCUGCUGCUGUGAUUUAGUGUAAGUCAUCUCUUACCUUGUGAGAGAACUUGCUGCUGGAAACCUCCAGAGAUACACUUCUCUUCUCAUGGGUACAGCCUCUUCUCCAGCUGCCUGCUCAGUGCUUCCUCUUGGCAUGCAGUGGUCCACCUGCUCUGGAACUGCCCCUUUUCUAAAGAGGAGUACAAAGGAAAGACUGCCCAUCUCUUGCAGAUCUCAAAAUCAUGGCUCAGGGAUCAGUGUCAUUCAAAGAUGUGACUGUGGAUUUUACUCAGGAGGAAUGGCAGCACCUGGAUCCUGCACAGAAAACUCUAUAUAUGGAUGUGAUGUUGGAAAACUAUUGCCACCUCAUCUCUGUGGGGUGUCACAUGACCAAACCCGAUGUGAUCCUCAGGUUGGAACGAGGAGAAGAGCCAUGGGCAUCAUUUGCAGGUCAUACCUGCUUAGAAGAAAACUGGAAAGCGGAAGACUUUUUAGUGAAAUUCAAGGAACACCAAGAUAAGUAUUCUAGAUCAGUUAUAUGUAUCAACCAUAAAAAACUGGUUAACCAGAGGAAUAAUUUAUAUGAAAAGACACUUACACUAGGCAAAAACCCUGUUAAUGCAAAAAAUCUACCUCCUGAAUAUGGCACUCAUGGAAAGAUUUUGAAAAAUGUUUCAGAAUUAAUCAUCAGUAAUCUAAAUUCUACAAGAAAGAGACUUAGUGAGUGUAAUGGAUAUGGGAAAUCACUGCUCAGUACUAAGCAAGAGACAGUUCAUCCUGAAGUCAAAUCCCAUAGUCAAAGUGACAGGUCUUUUAGUCAUAAUGAAGUGCUUGUGCAGCAUCCGAAAAUGGAAACAUCAGUACAGUCAUUUGGAUAUAAUGACUGUGAGAAAUCAUUCCUUAAAAGAGGUAGCUUAAUUACACAUUCUAGAGCUUACAGAGGGGAAAACCCAUCCUUCUAUAAUAGAAAGAGAAGAGCAACCAAUGUUGAGAAGAAACAUACAUGCAGUGAAUGUGGGAAAUCUUUUUGCAGGAAGUCAGUAUUGAUCCUGCAUCAGGGAAUUCACACAGAGGAAAAACCCUAUCAAUGUCAUCAAUGUGGAAAUGCAUUUAGAAGGAAGUCAUAUCUUAUCGAUCAUCAAAGAACCCACACAGGAGAGAAACCCUUUGUUUGUAAUGAAUGUGGUAAGUCCUUCCGCCUCAAGACAGCCCUCACUGAUCAUCAGAGAACACAUACAGGUGAGAAAUCAUAUGAAUGUCUGCAGUGUAGGAAUGCCUUCAGAUUGAAGUCACACCUCAUUCGUCAUCAGAGAACUCACACAGGAGAAAAACCGUAUGUGUGUAAUGACUGUGGGAAGUCCUUCCGCCAGAAGACAACACUCUCUCUACAUCAGAGAAUUCAUACAGGGGAAAAACCUUAUAUUUGUAAAGAAUGUGGAAAGUCCUUUCACCAGAAGGCAAACCUUACUGUACAUCAAAGAACUCAUACAGGGGAAAAGCCCUAUAUUUGUAAUGAAUGUGGAAAAUCCUUUUCCCAGAAGACAACUCUUGCUCUUCAUGAGAAAACACAUAAUGAGGAGAAACCCUAUAUUUGUAAUGAGUGUGGAAAGUCCUUCCGCCAGAAGACAACUCUCGUAGCACAUCAGAGAACACAUACAGGGGAGAAAUCUUAUGAAUGUCCUCACUGUGGGAAGGCCUUUAGAAUGAAGUCAUACCUCAUUGAUCAUCACAGAACUCACACAGGAGAGAAACCUUAUGAAUGUAAUGAAUGUGGGAAAUCAUUCAGCCAGAAAACAAAUCUCAAUCUACAUCAGAGAAUUCAUACAGGGGAAAAACCUUAUAUCUGUAAUGAAUGUGGCAAGUCCUUUCGCCAGAAAGCAACCCUGACUGUACAUCAGAAAAUACACACUGGGCAGAAAUCCUAUGAAUGUCCUCAGUGUGGGAAAGCCUUUAGCAGGAAGUCGUAUCUCAUUCAUCAUCAAAGAACUCAUACAGGAGAAAAACCAUACAAAUGUAAUGAAUGUGGGAAAUGCUUCCGCCAGAAGACAAAUCUCAUUGUACAUCAGAGAACUCACACAGGAGAGAAGCCCUAUGUAUGUAAUGACUGUGCUAAGUCCUUCAGUUAUAAGAGAAACCUCAUUGUCCAUCAAAGAACUCACAAGGGAGAAAACAUAGAAAUAUAAUAAAUGGUGUGAUUUCUUUGUGAAUCCUAAGUUAUUGUAAACCUUUAGUUUUAAAAAGAAAAGCAUGCUUAAACAUGUUAAUGUCAUUUUAAUCGCAAAUGUAAUAGUUACUAAAGUACUAUACCACGUAAGGAUUUCCUUAUGGUUUACUACCAUAUAAAAUGGAUGCUGUCGGCUCGGCGCCCGAAGCACAGUGCUUACAGCACUAGCUACAUGCACCAAGACUGGCGAGUUUGAGCCUGGUCUGGGCCAGCUUAACAACAGUGACAACUGCAACAAGAAAAUAGC